GUGCACAAGCAUGUGCCCCAAUGGCGUGUCCGAAGAGCAAAUCAAGCUGAGAGCUUUCCCUUUUUCUCUAAAAGACACCGCCAAGGACUGGCUAUUCUAUCUUCCUUCGGGGAGCAUCAACACAUGGGCUCAAAUGAAAAAGAGCUUCCUCGACAGGUAUUAUCCCGCAUCUAUCUCUUCAAGUCUCAAAAAGCAAAUCAGCAACAUUGAGCAAGCCGAUGAUGAGACCUUGUACGAAUAUUGGGAGCGCUUUAAAAAAUUAUGCGCUAGCUGCCCAUAUCAUGGAUAUUCGGAACAAGAUCUCAUCCUCUACUUCUAUGAUGGGCUUGUUGAUCAAGAUAGACGCAUGGUGAAUGCGGCAUGUGGAGGGGGUAUUGUCAACAAAACCCCUUCUCAAGCAAGGGACCUCAUCUCCGAGUUGGCCGAAAAUUCGAGGCAUUAUAAUGGGAGGUCAUCAUCAAAAAGAGUUAUGGCAGCGGAAUCCAACAAUUCGUUGGAAAGUCAAGUGGCCGGCUUGACUUCUUUGGUCAAAGAUCUUCUUUUGAAUCCAAAAACCCAAGAAGUCAAGGUCUGCGGCAUAUGUUCAACACAAGGGCAUCCCACCGAUUCUUGCCCAACAUUACAAGAGGAGAACCCCGAGCAAGUCAAUGCUUUGGGUUUCCAAGGUCAAAGGAGGUACGAUCCACAUGGCAACACUUACAAUCCGGGGUGGAGGGAUCAUCCCAAUCUAAGGUACGGAAACUCUCAACCUCCUCAACAAUCAAACCCUCCCCCUCAACAAUAUAAACAACAAGGUCAAACAUCGAACUCGAGCAUGUCCACCGAGGACAUGAUUCGAUCACUUGCCAUGAACAUGGCUACGAUGCAACAAAGUGUGACCCAAUUCCAAGAAACCACCAAAUCAAGCAUCCACAAUUUGGAAAACCAAAUGAGUCAAAUCUCAAAUGCCGUAAGUAGACUUGAAGCUAAGGAUUCGGCAAAACUCCCAUCUCAAACUGAGCCGAAUCCAAGGCAACAAGCUCACGCGGUCACUUUGAGAAGUGGCAAGGAGUUAGUUAUGGCUAAAGCAAAAGCAAAGAGCCAUGUUGGGGAAGAAGAGGAGGAAAUCUUAGUGCCAAGCACAAAUCCUCAAAAUGAAGAGGAGAAGGAGGAGGAAGCCACACCUCAAAGAAAGUUUCCACCGCUCAACUCAUACGAGCCGGUACCACCUUUCCCGGAGGCUCUCAAGGACAACCGCAAAUACAACAAUGACAAAGAUAUCUAUGAGACCUUCAGCAAAUGUGAGGUAAAUAUCCCUCUCCUAAAUUUGAUUAAAGGUGUUCCUAGAUUUGCAAAGUUUUUAAAAGAGCUUUGUACAAUUAAACGGAAACACAAAUUAAAUGGAAAGCAUAAAAUCCAAGUAAGUGAAAGAGUAUCGGCCGUUUUUCAAAAGAAAUUGCCUAAAAAGUAUAGUGACCCGGGAAUGUUCACUAUACCAUGUAAACUUGGAAAUUCUAGUUUUUCAAGGGCUAUGUUAGAUUUGGGUGCAUCAAUCAAUGUCAUCCCAUAUUCUCUAUAUAAGUCCCUAGAGCUAGGGCCUUUACAUGAGACGGGGGUUGUUAUCCAACUUGCCGAUAGAUCCAACGCUUACCCCAAGGGUGUAGUGGAGGAUGUACUCGUCAUGGUGGAUAAUCUAAUCUUUCCCGCUGAUUUUUAUGUUCUCGAAAUGGAGAACGAUAAAAAUGCAGUCCCAAUUUUGCUAGGAAGACCCUUUCUAAAGACGGCCAAGGCAAAAAUAGACGUUUUUAGUGGAGUAUUAACUAUGGAAUUUGAUGGUGAGAAAGUUGAAUUUAAUAUCUACGACUCAAUGAAAUACCCCACCGAUAAUCACUCUCUUUUUGCCAUUGAUACUUGUGACACUUGGGUCCAAGAUGUAUUUGAAGUUGAGGGGAAAGACAUGUUACUAAGCUCAAUUGAAAACGACAUAGAGGACUUCACUAUGGAAUACUCUAUGUCAAACAACAUGAAGAUGAUGGUGGCGGAGUUAAAUCAACUCCCACUUUUGCCACCGGGCUCUAAAGCCCUACCACUAACCAUUCCGAGCGAGAAGCCGCUACCAUCUGUUUUGCAGGCACCGGAGGUGGAAUUGAAACCACUCCCUGAAAAUUUGAAACAUGUGUUCUUGGGCGAAAAUCAAACUCUACCGGUGAUUAUCUCAAAUGCCUUGGCCCAAGAACAAGAGGAGAGGUUGAUUGCGGUCCUUAAGGAGUACAAAUUGGCCAUUGGAUGGUCUAUUGCCGACAUUAAAGGCAUUAGUCCAUCCACAUGCAUGCACCGAAUCCUUCUUGAAGAUGAAGCCAAAGCGGUGAGGCAACCGCAAAGAAGAUUGAACCCACCCAUGAUGGAGGUGGUGAAAAAGGAGGUGAUCAAACUACUUCAAAUGGGAAUCAUUUUUCCCAUCUCCGAUAGCAAAUGGGUAAGUCCAACCCAAGUGGUGCCAAAGAAGACCGGAGUGACGGUCAUUGAGAACAAAGAAGGCGAGAUGGUACCCACCCGAAUUCAAAACGGGUGGCGAGUUUGCAUUGAUUACCGAAGGCUCAAUUCGGUAACUAGAAAAGACUUCUUCCCAUUGCCCUUCAUUGAUCAAAUGCUAGAGAGGCUAGCGGGGCACAAGUUCUAUUGUUUUCUUGAUGGUUACUCCGGGUAUUUCCAAAUACCAAUAGCCCCGGAGGACCAAGAGAAAACAACUUUCACAUGUCCAUUUGGCACUUUUGCCUACCGACGAAUGCCCUUUGGAUUAUGCAACGCACCGGGCACCUUUCAAAGGUGUAUGAUGAGCAUCUUCUCCGAAUUUGUGGAGGUGUUCAUGGAAGUCUUUAUGGAUGAUUUCACAAUUCAUGGGGACUCCUUUGACACUUGCCUCUACCAUCUCACUCUUGUGCUCAAAAGUUGUAUUGAAUCCAACCUUGUCCUAAAUUCUGAAAAAUGUCACUUUAUGGUGGAACACGGGAUUGUUCUUGGACAUGUGAUCUCUUCAAAAGGCAUUGAAGUAGACAAAGCCAAGAUUGAUGUCAUCCAAACACUCCCGUACCCAACAAAUGUACGGGAUAUUCGAUCUUUCCUUGGGCAUGCCGGAUUCUAUAGAAGGUUCAUAAAAGACUUCUCCAAAAUUUCAUCUCCCCUAUGCAAACUCUUGCAAAAGGAGGUGGAAUUUGAUCUCAAUGACGAAUGCAAGGAGGCUUUUGACACAUUGAAAGAAAGGUUGGUAACCGCUCCUAUUAUACAAGCUCCCGAUUGGUCUCUUCCUUUUGAGAUCAUGUGCGACGCAAGUGAUUAUGCUGUGGGGGCUGUUUUAGGCCAAAAGGUUGGACGGGCUGCUCAUGUCAUCUACUAUGCCUCAUCAACUCUCAAUGAAGCACAAAAGAACUACUCCACUACCGAGAAGGAAAUGCUAGCGGUGGUCUUUGCUUUGGAGAAGUUUCGUUCCUACCUUCUUGGAACGAAAGUUAUUGUCUACACCGACCACGCCGCUCUCAGAUUCCUUAUGACAAAGAAGGAAGCCAAACCAAGACUCAUUCGAUGGGUCCUUCUAUUGAGUGAGUUUGAUAUAGAAAUCAAAGACAAGAAAGGAGCGGAGAACUCGGUGGCCGAUCAUUUAAGCCGUUUGGUUCCAAACAAAGAAAUCGAAAGUCUCCAUACCAAUCUCAUAAAGGGCGAAUUUCCAGACGAGACUCUCUUCUCCAUCAAAGUCAUACAACCAUGGUACGCAAACAUUGUAAACUUCCUUGUUUCCGGCAAAUUUCCUCCACAAUUCUCAAAAGCUCAAAAAGAAAAAUUAAAAAUGGACUCAAGACUCUAUGUGUGGGAUGACCCAUAUUUGUGGAAACAUUGUAAGGAUCAAAUAAUCCGAAGAUGUAUUCCCGAAUAUGAGAUAACCCACAUUAUAGAGUUUUGCCAUUCUUAUGCUUGUGGAGGACAUUUCGGCCCGAAACGGACUGCAAUGAAGAUUCUUGAAAGUGGUUUUUGGUGGCCAAGUCUAUUCCGGGAUGCACAUGGCUUUUGUCGAUCUUGUGACAAUUGUCAAAGAGCAGGCAACAUUUCUAGGAGAAACGAGAUGCCACAAAACCCCAUGCUUUUCUGUGAAAUUUUCGAUGCAUGGGGUAUUGACUUCAUGGGACCUUUCCCAAACUCUCAAGGUAACAUCUACAUCCUUCUUGCGGUAGAUUACGUCUCCAAAUGGGUGGAGGCAAAGGCAACGAAGACUGAUGAUGCCAAGGUGGUGGCUAGUUUCCUAAAAACACACAUAUUUUCAAGGUUCGGGGUCCCUCGAAUUUUAAUAAGUGAUCGAGGCACACAUUUUUGUAAUAAAAUUGUGGGAUCCCUACUAAGAAAAUAUGGUGUGACUCACAAGAUCUCCACUGCUUACCACCCUCAAACUAAUGGCCAAGCGGAAACCUCAAAUAGGGAGUUGAAGUCUAUACUCCAGAAAACAGUGAACCCAAAUCGGAAGGAUUGGAGUAUACGCAUUGAUGAUGCGCUAUGGGCAUACCGAACUGCUUACAAAACUCCAAUUGGUAUGUCCCCAUAUAGACUUGUGUUUGGCAAAGCGUGUCAUCUCCCCGUAGAGCUUGAACACAAGUCAUAUUGGGCGGUGAAAGAAUUCAACCUCAAUCUUGACGAGGCCGGUUUGCAUAGGAAGCUCCAAUUGCAGGAAUUGGAAGAACUCCGUAUGGAUUCUUAUGACAAUGCGGAAUUAUACAAAAGAAAGACGAAGGAGUGGCACGACAAAAUGAUCAUAAGAAAGAACUUUAAACUUAAUGACAAAGUCCUCCUUUUUCAAUCACGCCUUCGUCUAUUUCCCGGAAAGCUGAGAUCCCGUUGGACCGGACCAUACAAAGUGGUCAAAAUCCAUCCACACGGGGCGGUGGAGAUUGAAGACCCGGAGACGGGAGAAGUACUCAAGGUGAACGGACAAAGACUAAAACCCUUCUUUGAGGGUUUUCAACCCAAGAACGUGGAGAUCAUAGACCUUUCUGAACCGGUCUAUGAAUGAAGGGGAAACGAAGAUAUCGUCGAGCCACGACGUUAAACAAAGCGCUUCUUGGGAGGCAACCCAAGCAAGGUAUGUUUUCUUGUCAGCUUAUUUCAUUAUGUGUGUGUUUCAAAAUAAAAAAAAAAAUAAAAAAAUAAAAAAAUGAGCAAAAAGUGUAUCUGGGGACAUGCCCGAUCGAGUACAUAUCAAUACUCGGUCGGGUAUGGGUAAGAAAAAAAGACCCGGUUCCCAUACUCGAUCGAGGUGCAAAUCUAUUUUCAAAGAUACAGGCAUACUCGAUCGAGUAUUGGAACAUACCCGGUCGAGUAUGCCUGGAAAAUCAACUCCAUCGGAAUCCUGCCUCUGAGGCCCGAUCGAGCACACACCCAUACUCUAUCGAGUAUUCGUGGAAAAAUGAAAACAAAUAAUCCCUGCCUCCUGUACCCGAUCGAGUACAUAUCAAUACUCGGUCGAGUAUAGGUGCAAAAACAACUUCUCUGACCCCCUGCCUCCUGUACUCGAUCGAGUAUAGGUACAUACUCGGUCGAGUAUACACCGAAAUCAGCCUUCCUAGAACCCUGCCUCCGGUACCCGAUCGGGUAUACAGGGAUACUCGAUCGGGUACCCCUGCGGAUAUAACACCAAAUUAACCCCAAAAACACUUCAUCUUCCCCAAACUCUCCCCAACUUCGAACAACCCUCCCCCAAAACUCCAUUUUUGGACCUUCUCUCUACCAUAUCUCACCCAAUCCUUCACCAAAUCAUCCCAUUCCACCACCAAAAUACCCCCCUCACUCUCCUCUCCAUAUCUAUACCCAAAAAUCCCCUUUUCCCCAAAUAUCCAACAAAUCCAAAAAAACCUACCCCCAUUCAAAUUUUUGGAUUUCAAGCUCAAAUUCAUCAACAAUGGCACCAAGGAAGAAUAGGGGAGAGAGCUCAAGCACCAUAGCACCUAUUCCGGGUUUUGAAGACAUCAUUCCCGCCGACACCGAACACCGAACUAGACUCCUAGCAACAACACAAAGGCAAGUAAAACCUUCCCGUUUUCUAUGCCAUGAUGCUCUACGUGAAUUAGGAGUCUAUAAGAGCUGUAGAAAAUUCUUUCAUGCAUUAGAUAUGGACCGUAUUUUCAAUAUGAAGUACAAUUCUAAUGAACGAAUUAUCUACGAAUUCUUGAGUUCGGUGAAGUUUGAGAGUGAUGAGGCGGAUUUUAGGGAUGAUAAACUCGAGUUUCGUCUAUUUAACCAAAACUAUUCAAUCACGAAACUCGAGUUUGCUGAACAUUUUGGCAUCCCGGUGCCCUACGAGAGAACCAUCUCGGAUAACACCAUUUUUGGGCACUCCCUAUGGACAAAGAUGACCGGGGAAGUGAACUUUAAAUCCUCCCAAAUGUAUAUUAGUCAUGUCCAACACCCCGUGCUCCGGUUGUUCCUAAAAUUUUUGGCGAAUUGUUUGCUUGGCCGUCCCAACAACCAUCACACUAGAAUCGGGGACGUGUGUUUGAUGUCCGUGGCCUUAUUCUGUCGCCACGUGGACUUUAAUCUGUGCAAUCUCAUGUGGGCACAUUUAAAGAAAGAAAGCUUAGCCAAAGGGGCAAUAGUUGUGGGUGGAGUGAUAAUGCACUUGGCAAAUAGGUUCGGGUAUACGGAUAACUCCCCUAUACCCGACUAUUGCUUAAUGGAUAUGGGUUGGUUAGGACGCUCGGGAUGCACAUCUUUCUCCCACACGGUCUAUAUUGGAGACCAACCAAAAAACAUGUACAAUUGGGUCAUACACGUACAACCUGUGCAAUACUUCCUAAUGCCAAACCCGGACACCCCCAAACUACGCUACAGACCGGAGUUCGAGGAGCCUCACUACCUAUUCCCUCACGUCCUUCCACCACAUCUCCAAGAACCGCAAGCCCAAGAUCUCCCCGAAGACCAACCCGACCAAGAGCCUCAACCCGAGUACCAAGAACCCGAGGUUGCACAUCACCACAUGCCCGAACCGAACCAAGCUUCCCCACCUCCCGCUUACUUCCAACAACUGCUUGACGGAUUCAAUAGAGUUACCAAUGAAGUUGGUAAAUAUCGGGAGGAACAAAGGGCGGGAUUUCAAAAACUAGAGGAGCAACGGGCCGAAGAUAACCGAAGGUAUGAAGAAGAUCAACGUAGGUUCUAUGGACCUAUGUAUUCCUACAUGGCUCAUCAAGGCCGAUUCCACACCAUGGCUCAACCACCACCACCCCCCUCUUGGUAUGACCCCACUCAAUGGGGCAAUUUCGGAGGAUCUAGCUCCGGGGGUGGAGGUUUUGAUGGAGGGAAUGAUGGCGGCGACACCCACAUGGGCGAUGGGAGCUUUGGAGGAGGCUUUGGAGGCGGCUUCUAUGGCGGUGAAGGUGGGCACUAGGGACAGUGCUUCAACUAAGUGUGGGGGAGGAGAUUACUCAUGGAACUCACUUGAUCUUUUGGGGAGAAAGAGGAGAAACAGAGAAGAAGAGGAAGAAGAGUCAAGAAGAUGGAGCAUAGAAGAUCAUAAAACCCAAGAGAGAAUGUUGUUUGUAAAAUCAUUUCUUAUUUCUUGGUGAUCUUAGUUCAUUUCGUUCUUGAACUCAUGGAAUGGUCUUAAACUGUUUGAACAUUUGACUUUACUCGAGGACGAGUAAAGAGCUAAGUGUGGGGGAGUUGAUACGUUUGUAAUUUCCGUAUGUUUAUUUACGUUUUCAGUUAGUUUUGAUUGUUUAAUAUCUCGGAAAUUACACACUUUCGGUGUAAUAGUUUAGUUUGUUAAAUUCUUGUAAUUUGUUUAGAUUAGGUUUAAUCUGAGCUUAAACAGGUCCAAGAUUAAUCAAAUGAUCAAUGGUGAAGGAAGGUGCAAGAGUACAAGACAAAAGAAGGAAGAAUCCUGACUUUGGUCUAUACUCGGUCGAGUAUAUACAUAUACUCGAUCGGGUAUCUGGUUGACAUUUCAAAUCGGAUCGGAUCCGAAAACAAAGGAACAUGCAGGAGAAGAUCUUCCCACGUUCGAGUGUCUAUACCCGAUCGGGUAUGCUUAUAUACUCGAUCGGGUAUGCACAUAAAAUCUACUCGAGUAUUGAUCGAGUAUUGACCAAAUUCUGAUUUCUAUACAUACUCGAUCGAGUAUGUAUACAUACUCGAUCGAGUACUCGAUCCUGCACCUCAAAAAGCCUAUAAAUACACCUCCUUUCCUUCACUUUUAGAUACCAAUUCCUUUAUACUCUUAAGCUCAGUUUAGAAUAGCAUUUCUCUAUACUUCUUUUAGCAUGUUUAGUCUCCAAAUGAGGAGCUAAACUUCCAUUUCUUGGUUUUGCUCUUGAAGCUUGAUUGAUUAUUAAAGUUGUGAGUUAUUUUCUUACUCUCUCUUCUUGAUUAUUAAUUCUUCCCUUAAUCUCAUUCUACAUCAUUGUUGGAGGGUUGCUAAGUG